UUGCAAUUGCAAUGGCUUCAUAUAUAAGCCAUUAAAACCAAUUUCAUACGAGAAAGAGAAAGAGAGAGAGAGAGAAGAGAGGUUUAUAUUUCUUGAAUCCUGACACAUUAACAACACACACGCACGCACACGAGAACAAGAGAGAGAAACUAGAGAGAGAGAGAGAAUUGGUGGGUGGAGCCUUCUUUCUUGAAGAAUUUCAGAGGGGGGCUUCUUCCAUUAUUCUUCAUCAUCAUCUUCAUCUUCAAGAGGUGCAGCCAUCCAUGGCAGAAUCAAAUGAUUCCGUUUCAGUUGAUAUGGAAAAGAUCUAUCUUGGUGGAAAGGAGCAUCAUAUUCAAACUGGCUGUGGUUCUGUAUCUGUUAUAGUCUAUGGGGAUUACGACAAACCAGCUCUGAUUACUUAUCCAGAUUUAGCGUUAAAUUAUAUGUCAUGUUUCCAAGGAUUAUUUUUCUGUCCAGAGGCUGCUUCUUUGCUGCUUCAUAACUUCUGCAUAUAUCAUAUUAGUCCUCCUGGACACGAGUUAGGAGCCGCUGCGAUUUCUUCUGAUAAUCCUGUCCCUUCCACUGAAGACUUGGCAGAUCAAAUAGUGGAGGUCCUCAACUAUUUUAGGCUUGGUGCCGUGAUGUGUAUGGGAGUAACGGCUGGUGCUUAUAUUCUUACUCUUUUCGCAAUGAAAUAUAGAGAGCGUGUUGUCGGUUUAAUACUUGUAUCUCCCUUGUGCAAAGCACCUUCUUGGACGGAAUGGUUUUAUAACAAGGUGAUGUCGAAUUUUUUACAUUUCUACGGCAUGUGCGGUUUGCUAAAGGAGUGUUUGCUUCAGCGGUACUUCAGCAAGGAAGUUCGCGGUAAUGCUGAAGUUCCAGAGUCAGAGAUAGUUCAAGCGUGCAGAAAACUUCUGGAUGAGAGAAAAAAAACAAAUGUGAUGCGGUUUCUUCAUGCGAUCAAUCAGAGGCCUGAUAUUACAGAAGGAUUGAAAGGAUUAAAUUGCCGUACGCUUAUUUUUGUCGGGGACAGCUCCCCUUUCCAUUCCGAGGCCAUCCACAUGACUUCAAAACUCGAUAGAAAAUUUAGCGCCUUGGUUGAGGUCCAGGCUUGCGGAUCAAUGGUGACAGAGGAACAACCGCAUGCAAUGCUGAUACCUAUGGAAUACUUUCUGAUGGGGUAUGGUUUAUAUAGGCCAUGCCAGUUCAGCAGCAGCCCAAGAAGCCCUCUCAGCCCAUCUUGCAUCUCUCCCGAGCUUCUUUCUCCGGAAAGCAUGGGAUUAAAACUAAAGCCAAUAAAGACGCGUGUCUCUCUCGAUGUUUGAUACCAUAUCAGAAGAGGAAACACACUUUUGACUUUUGUAAUUGAAACCAGUUUUUCCUUUGUUCACAUUUUUUAAUUGUUUUAAGAGAGAGAGAGAUAGAGAAAGAAAAGAGGGGGUGUAGAUAAAGGAGAAUGGAGAGAAUACAUGAAAUAUAUAUAUUAAUAAUAUAGGAAGGAGUUGAGAUGAGUUGAGUUGCCUUUGAUUAAUUUGUAGUGUGUUGUUGAAUAAAGGAAUCAUUGAGGUGUAUGUAUCUGUAAAUCCAAUUGGACUCUAUCUAUAUUUAUAAUAUUUAUGGCAACCAUCAAUCAUUGACCCUUUAA